GCAAACCAAUAGACUGUUUUCGACCACGUGACUACAUCCGGGGCACCUGGCCGUGUUGGAUGGGUUCACUCUUCUGACACGCUCUUCACUCUAAUGCUUUUGCACAUAGACCGGAGUUACACAAAUGUUCGUACAGAUGUUAAAAGUGACGCAUGAAGGCUAAAAAGACUUUGGAAAGUUAUCGAUGCUCAUCAGAUGUUGUUUCAAGAAACCGUUACGACAAGAAGUGUGCUUUGAUCGACAAUAUCCACCCAUAUGCCUUGGAGAAACACAAAUGUGGGCGUCGGUAACCUAUCCAGACUUCGUCCACUAUCUCCUCUUCUCGACAAGCGCUUAUACCGUGGCCCAACUAAAGAAUUACAAAGGUCUGGAGGCCUACAACCGAUUGGUUGGGUUCGUCAUGCGGCGGUAUCCAUUGGAAGCAACCUGUGUCUCCACACUGCUGAGGUGCCUGACAAAUUCCCAGAGCUAAAGAAACGAAUCAAGCUUCCUGAUGCUGCUCACGAUCUCCUCAAAGAUGUUCCACUGUUCAACAGCACCCAGCGGCUCGGGGGGCGUCCGCGAUGCGGGGUCCCCGACUUUCCCAGCGGCCAGCGGCAGCGUCGUCUUUUUCAGUCAGGAAACCGGCGCAGACGCUUUGUCAUCUAUGGGGGACGCCUGGACAAGAACGACCUCACCUACAGAAUCGUGCGCUUCCCGUGGCAGUUGGGCGAGGAGAAGGUCCGUCGCGUCUUUCAGGAAGCGCUGAAGAUCUGGAGCGACGUGACGCCGCUGACCUUCACUGAAGUCUUCACUGGCAAAGCUGACAUCCGCAUCGAUUUUAACAGGUACUGGCACGGUGACAGCCUCCCGUUUGACGGCCCAGGCGGGAUCUUGGCCCAUGCCUUCUUCCCCAAAACUCAUCGCCAAGGAGACGUCCACUUUGACUAUGAUGAGGCCUGGACCCUGGGAAACCACAUGGGCACGGACCUCCUCCAGGUGGCGGCUCACGAAUUCGGCCACGUCCUGGGCCUGCUUCACUCGGAGGUACCCGGGGCCAUCAUGUCUGCCUACUAUUCUUUCUCGUACCCGCUCAGGCUGAGCCACGACGACCGGCGUGGCAUCCAGUUCCUGUACGGGACGCGGCCGAGGGUGCUGCCCACCCUGCCGCCAACUCUUCCGCCGCCCCCGCCUCCGUCCUAUCCCGAGACCAACGAGAUUCUCCCACAUCCAAAUGCCUGCCAGACGGACUUCGACGCAGCGUCCAUGAUCCGCGGCGAGCUUUUCUUCUUCAAGUUGGGAUACGUGUGGCGCAUCCGCGACGGUCAUCUUGAGAGCGGCUACCCCGCGUUAGCGUCGCGCCACUGGCGAGGCAUCCCCGACAAUGUGGACGCCGCCUUUGAAGACAAGGCUGGGAACAUCUGGUUCUUUCGAGGUGACAGCUACUGGGUGUUCGAUGCCGAGAUGCACGUACAAGGGCCCGAGUCCUUCCGGGCCCUGGGUCUGUCGGUGACGGGCAUCCGGGCCGCGCUGCGCUGGGGCCACGACCCCGACUUCGACACCUACUUGUUCGGCUCGGACGGCUACUGGCGCUUCAGCCCGCGCCACAACCGCCUCGAGUCGCCGUACCCACGAGCCAUGAGCGACUGGGGUGGCAUCCCCGUGGACGUGGACGCCACCUUCCGAGACGCUUACGGCUACGCCCAUUUUAUCCGCGGACGCCAGUAUUGGAAAUUCGACCCGGUGGGGAUGAACUCUCUCGAGGGCUACCCACGCUACAUUGGCGUCGACUUCUUCGGGUGUCGCAAUGUGUGAAGGACGUCGUCGGGUCGCCACCGCCCCGAGGGGACCCCUUUUUUUCAGGCCACCAAACCUCAGGAGCUCCUGGAGUGCCGUCUAAAUGCUGUUUUUGGCACUGCCUGCAGGUCAAGCACAGUACUGUAAUUGCUGUCUCCUCAUGAAGUGCGCCGGUGCUGCGUUCAAGGGCCUCACCGUGAUGCGUUCAGGGACUGGCGUGUUUGUCGGUGCGGGUCACUGACAAGCAGCUCGGUUGUCACGGUGACAUGUAGUUCUCAUUAAUAAAUCAAUUAAAAAUUCAUGGUACAAUUAGUGAUCAUUGUCAUGAUGAUAUUGCAUAUUUAUACACUAAAUGAGUUUUUGUACAUAUUACUUUUUUACAGUUUUUCUUUUAACUCAAUUCUAAACAUUUGUUCAGGAAGUGUAACUGGAUUUUUUUUUUUUUUUUUCA